UUUGCAAAAAUGAAUUUAGAAUGAUUUAGCUUAGGUGGAUAAGACAAAACGAAACAAACUGAAACCGAACAAGGGAGCGAGGUUGUCGCUGUGACAUUGUCAUGUUAUAUUUGAAGGGGGCAAGGCAAGGGCUUCGCUUUCAGUUACAGAGGGAAGAAGAUGGGUACCCCCCUUAAACCAGCAACAACAAUGGAUACCAUCAAUGAUCUCAUCGAAGAGGCCAAGCUUCGUUUUCUUUGGUGGGCUCUUUGUAUAUUCGCCAUUUCCUAUUUCUUAACUCAUACAAGUAAGUCAAUGUGGAUGAAUAUACCCAUGUCCAUUCUUGUUGCUUGUGCUCUGCGGAUUAUUCUGAACAAGGUGGAGUUCCGUUGGAAGGUUCAACCACCUAGAUCGCAGACUUACCUAUCUCAUUUGGAGAAAAAGCAGUUGUCUCCGGACAAUGCUAGCCUCUCUACUUUACCUGGUCCUCCUGAAUGGAAGAAGAAGAUUGAUUCACCCGUGGUAGAGGCUGCCUUGAACGAUUUCAUGGAUUUGAUAUUGAAGGAUUUCGUGAUAAAUAUGUGGUACGCAGACAUUACUCCAGAUGGGGAGUUUCCUGAGCAGAUACGCGACUUAAUCAUGGAUGCUCUUGCUGAAGUGUCUGUAAGGGUCAAAGAUAUAAACCUUGUUGACUUGCUCACAAGAGAUAUAGUUGAUUUAAUAAGUGAUCAUAUAGACCUUUUCAGAAGAAAUCAAGCUGCUAUAGGUGUUGAUGUUAUGUUAACAUUAUCUUCAGAGGAGAGGGACGAGAGAUUGAAAUUCCACCUGUUGAAUUCUAAGGAGCUUCAUCCAGCACUAAUAUCUCCAGAGAGUGAGUACAAGGUUCUUCAGCGGCUAAUGAGUGGACUAUUAGCAACAGUGCUUAGAAAACCGGAAGUUCAAUGUCCUGUCAUUCGAUCUAUAGCACGGGAAAUUUUAACUUGCUUGAUUUUGCAACCUGUACUGAACUUGGCAAGCCCUGCGUAUAUUAAUGAGCUGAUUGAAUCUCUUCUACUUAUCCUCAAUAAUGAGGGUUCAAAUUGGACGGGUGGAGGUGAUCAAUCAACUGAUGCUACAAAUCAUAAUCAUGGUCAUUCGGUUGGUGGACAUGAUAGUCACACAGGCUCUGCUGACUGGGCACAGAUGCUAGAGGCUGCAACUCAGAGAAGAACUGAAGUUCUUAUGCCGGAGAAUCUUGAGAACAUGUGGGCACGAGGAAAGAAUUACAAAAGGAAAGGGAAUAAAAAGGCCAAAGAUCAUGCUACAGAUCAUUCACUGCCUGAUAGAAAUUUGGCUCAGGAAACAUCAGUGAGUAAACCUGGAACAUAUGCAGUUCCUGAAGGAAAGUCGUCAUCGCAUCCAUUGCAUACUGUGGGUUCUGAUCCGCUAAUAAAUAUUGGAAACACAACUAGGUCAGAGUCUUCACCAGAUCCCGAAAAGGAAUUAUCCUUUGGAGCUGAUCAUCAAGUUGAUGAAGGGAAUGAUAUCAAGGAUCACACUUCUAGUAAGCAUACAAUUCCGCUCAAGAGAUCCAGCAGUUCUUCUGUCUUGGGAAUCCAACCUCAUAAUGGAUGGUCCAUUGUGUCAGAGUUCUACACGCCUGACCUUGAGAAGCGCGGUGAAGGACUUCGAGGAAAGAGUGGUUCUGACAUGGUGGUUAGGAGAGAGGGACUUUCUGUUCCCAAGCUUCGGUGCCGGGUCAUGGGAGCAUAUUUUGAGAAACUUGGAUCCACAUCUUUUGCCGUAUAUUCAAUUGCAGUGACUGAUGGGCAAGAGAAUACUUGGUUUGUAAAACGAAGGUACAGGAAUUUUGAGCGAUUGCAUCGGCAUCUAAAAGAUAUUCCGAAUUACUCAUUGCAUUUGCCUCCCAAAAGGAUAUUUUCCUCAAGUACAGAGGAUGCCUUUGUCCAUCAGCGUUGCAUUCAACUGAAUAAAUAUCUACAGGAUCUCCUGUCAAUAGCUAAUGUUGCUGAGCAACAUGAAGUUUGGGACUUUCUUAGUGUUUCCUCAAAGAAUUACUCUUUUGGGAAAUCUUCUUCAGUGAUGAGGACCCUGGCAGUAAAUGUAGAUGAUGCUGUGGAUGAUAUUGUACGCCAGUUUAAAGAUGUUUCAGAUGGUUUAAUGCGAAAAGUUGUUGGUGCAUCACCCACCACCACUGAAGGUUCUACUACAUCUACCACUUGGAACACUUGGAAUAUGGAUGAAAUGGAUAAAAGUAUUCUGAGGCAAAAUGCUGUAGAGAGUGCUUUAAGCUCUGAUAAUGAGGAAGGUGAAAAAGAAGUUAAUAUUGAUAGAGAAGCAGCAGAAGAUAAUGAGUGGCAUUCUGACAAUGAAUUGACCUUGAAGGAUUAUUCACAGCAGAUCAUAAACCCUGGUAAUGAGUCUGCUAACUUGGAUCAAGAUCGGAAACAUGAUGUGAUGAUGGAAGCAAAGGUUGGCAAGGAUGUUCCACCUACAAAUCCCACUCUACUCCCUGAUUAUUUGGACGAUCCAGUUGGUGUGCCACCUGAGUGGGCCCCACCUAAUGUGACUGUCCCUAUUCUGAAUUUGGUUGAUAACAUAUUUCAGCUUAAGAAAAGAGGCUGGCUAAGAAGACAGGUAUUUUGGAUAUCAAAACAGAUAUUACAGGUUGUCAUGGAAGAUGCUAUAGAUGAUUUGCUCCUAAGUGAGAUUCAUUGGCUCCGCAGAGAGGAUACCAUUGCCCAAGGGAUUCGGUGGGUCCAAGAUAUCCUCUGGCCCGGUGGCAAAUUUUUUUUAAGAGUACAGACCCCUCAGUUAUUCAUUGGUGGCAAUGUAAUUGAUCAAAAUCCUUUACAAACCAUUGAAUCUUGUGGGAGCAAGAUUGGCAAGUCACAGUCAGGAUCUUUUGAGCAACAGCUUGAGGCUGCUCGUAGAGCAAGUGACCUGAAGAAACUGCUCUUUGAUGGAGCUCCCGCAGCCUUAGUCAGUUUAAUCGGGCAGAAACAGUACAGACGUUGUGCCAGUGAUAUAUAUUACUUCAGUCAGUCUUCUAUAUGUGUAAAGCAACUUGCUUAUGCAAUCCUUGAACUCCUGCUCAUAUCUGUCUUCCCUGAGUUGCGCAAUGUUGUCAUGAGUGUUCAUGAGAAUAUGCAUGUUCACCAACCUGUAUAGAGUUCAUUGUAUGCUGGUUGGAGUGACCUGCUGUGUUCAAGAUCAGUUCAUCAGUAGGAAAACAGUGUUUUUUGCUGUAUGGUGCCAUGGCUAUGGCUUUGCUGGCGGGUAGUCAUUUUGUAAGUAGCAAGAGCCAUGGUUAAUUGUUUUUUCUCCACCAAGGGAGCUUGGGGAAUUAAUUAGUAAACUUAGAUUGUGUACAGAAAAGUUCAUUUUUGUGGAUUCAUUAUUCUUUCUCAAGGCAUUAUUAAUUUAUUAUUCUA